AUGUUGAAAUACACAAUUCUUGCAAUUUUCGCUUUAUUGGCUUUGUCUGAAGCUGCUUUUACAAUCAACGUUGGUCAAUACAACUGGUACUCAGAUUCCCCAUGUUCCAAGCCAAUCUUAGUUAAUGUUACUUUCUCCAAUGGACAAUAUAGUUCUUUUAGAGCAACCGAUGGUUCUGCAUACUUGAGAAAUAUCACUCUUAACAGCGAUUCUACUUUCACUGGAAUCGGAAAUCUUUACACUCCAGGUUCCGACCGUAUCACCGGUUACACCACCGUCAAGGGUGUAGUCAACAACCCAUUCAACUUAUUGGUCGUCUACAACCCAAGUUCCUCCCAAAACUACCCAGGAUCCACACAAUACUACAAUCUCGCCUCUUGUUCAAACUCCUUGUUGUCUGAGGAGAGCCACGAUAACAUGUCCACUGGUCGUUUCGAGUAA